CAUAUAUUUGAAAUAUACCGAAUGGUGUAGAAUAUACCAAAACCCAAGGCUAUACUGUUGCGUUAUCGAUAACCGAUAACAACUAGGAGUUCAGCUGCAAAUGUAUACAACUGUAUAUAAAAUCAGCAAUUUGUGAGAACCUGACUACGAUUGCACACAAGGAGGACGACGACGGAGGAUCCUUCCAGCGUGUGAUGAAUUAAUGCUGAAGUCGAUCAGCGGAGGCGUUGGUGUGGCAUCCACGGAAAGAGGCGGUGGCGGAGGCGGCGGAGGAGGAGGUGGAGCAGGAGGAAGCGCCUCUGGGAGCAGGAGCACCAGCGGAAGCGGGCGUGCUAGUUGUGGGCUGGGCUCCAGUUCGAUUUCCAGUGGGUUGAGUGCGGUGUGCGGAUUUGUGACCGGGGCCGGCGGCGGAGGUGGAUUUGAACGGGAUCGCGACAGGGACAGAGGACUGGCCAACAGCAGUGGAGCCAGCACUCCUGCCGAAAUUCUCUAUUGCCCCGCCUGUGUGGCAGCUGCCAAUCAGCAGAAUCCCAGCCAGAAUUCGAGUCCGCAGAACGAGGGUUUCUUCUCGCGCAGCUCCUCCAAGUCGGGCAAACGGAACAAGGCGAGGAAAAGCGCCUCCACCGCCGGCUGCUUGGACGCCCAGCACAUACGGGCGAAUCUCCGAAUGUCCAUGUCCAGUUCAAUGAGAAGCUCUAGAGGGAAUAGCGGUGGAGGAGCGGCCUCCUCCUCACAUCCUCCGGGCAGCAGCUGCAGCAGCGGACCUGGCGGAUCGGGAUGCGGGAUGGCUUACGACGCGGCAAGCAAUGCCAGCAGUGGAAGUGGCAGUGGAAGCGGAAAGGCCACUUCUCCGGGCAGCUACAGCUGCAAUGCCCUGAACGUGGACUUCACCUCCUACACGGCCACGCAUCAGUGGACCAGGAUGCUCGAAUGCGCCGAGUUCGUGGGCGCCAAGCGAAGCAAGCAUACAGUGGUGGCCUACAAGGAUGCGAUGUUUGUAUUUGGCGGCGACAACGGCAAAAACAUGCUGAAUGACCUGAUUCGCUUCGGCGUUAAGGACAAGUCUUGGGGCCGCGCAUGUGCAACAGGAACUCCGCCUGCUCCGCGAUACCAUCACUCGGCGGUGGUGGCCGGCAGCUCGAUGUUUAUCUUUGGCGGCUACACCGGCGACAUUCACUCCAACUCAAACUUGACUAACAAGAACGAUCUGUUCGAGUACAAGUUCCAGAGCGCCAUGUGGGUGGAAUGGAUGUUCUCCAGACGUCAGCCGGUUCCUCGAUCCGCCCACGGAGCAGCCGUGUAUGACAACAAGAUGUGGAUCUAUGCGGGCUAUGAUGGCAAUGCUCGGCUAAACGACAUGUGGACGCUCGACCUCACCGGCGAAAAUCAGUGGGAGGAGGUGGAUCAGCUGGGCGAUCGUCCGCCCACCUGUUGCAAUUUCCCCGUGGCUGUGGCCAGAGACGCCAUGUACGUCUUCUCGGGACAGAGUGGCUUGCAGAUAACGAACUCGUUGUUUGAGUUCCACUUCAAGACUCGCACUUGGCGCCGCAUUUCCAAUGAGCCCGUCUUGCGAGGCGCUACCUCAGCUCCGCCCUCUCGACGAUAUGGCCACACGAUGGUGCAUCACGAUCGGUUCCUGUAUGUCUUCGGGGGAUCGGCGGACUCAACGCUGCCCAACAAUCUGCACUGCUACGACCUGGACUCGCAGGUCUGGUCCGUCAUCCAGCCGGAACAGAAUUCGGAUGUGCCCUCGGGUAGGGUGUUCCAUGCCUCGGCCGUCAUCUGCGAUGCCAUGUAUAUAUUCGGCGGAACCGUGGACAAUAGUGUGAGAAGAGGCGACACCUAUCGCUUCCAGUUCUCCUCGUACCCGAAGUGCACGCUGCGCGAUGACUUUGGGAAGUUCUUCCUCGAAAAACAGUUCUGCGACAUUCAGUUCAUCGUUGGAGCAGAGGAGAUUCGCAUCCUGGCACACAUCGCCUUUGUGGCGGCGCGUUCGAAGUAUCUGAGGAACAAAAUUUUGUCUUCCCGGGAGGCACGCCAGCAGCACUUGGAGGAGGUCUACGGGGUGGGCCAGGUAGAUGCCCUGGCUCUGAAUACGGGCGCGGGCGGGGACCGCGGGCCCAUGUUGGAGGUGCGACUGUCCAACGCCUCCCCAGAGGCCUUUGAAAUCAUAUUAAACUACAUUUACACCGAUCGCAUUGACUUGAAGGACACGUACAGUAAGAACAUCAUCAUUCUGAUCACAGAUAUUUACCAACUUGCCUGUUUGUUCGCCAUGCCGCGGCUGGCCCACGGCUGUAUCCAGUAUUUGGACUACAAGAUUAACAAGCUCAACGUGCUGGAGGCGCUAUACAAUGCGGAUAAGAACAACAUUAAGAUCAUUAAGGAUCACUGCAUGCAGUUCAUUGUCAAGGAGGAGAACUUCACAGAGGUGGUCAUGUCCAGUGAAUUCAGCGAUUUGGACAAGCCUCUGCUGGUCGAGAUCAUCCGCAAGCGCCUGCAUCCCAGCAAGUUGGUGAUAGAUACCAGUUUUAUAGGCAGUAUAGGAACCACUUUGGAGGUCGAUCUGUGCGCCUUUCUGGAGUCCACUGGCAAAGAUUUCUGCGACAUAAGCCUUGUGCUGGAAGAUCACGUAAUACCAGCUCACAAGUCAGUGUUGUCAUCGCGAUGCACCUACUUUCAGGGCAUGUUCAGAUCCUUUAUGCCACCGGACAACACAGUCAAUAUCCAAAUUGGCGAAAUUUCUCCCUCACUUGAGGCGUUCCAAUCCCUACUGCGCUACAUCUACUACGGCGAGACGAAGAUGCCGCCGCAGGAUGCACUCUAUCUCUUCCAGGCGCCGUGCUUUUAUGGCCUUGCCAACAAUCGACUCCACGCAUUCUGCAAAUACUCCCUGGAGCACAACAUAACGUUCGAGAAUGUGCUGCAGACGCUGGAGGCUUCAGACAUCACAAAGAUCUAUGAUAUUAAGGAAUACGCUCUAAGCCUGAUCGUCAAAGACUUUGCGAAGGUCGCAAGGCUGCCGAAAAUAGCCGCCUUGUCGCGCGAACUGUUGCUGGAGAUCAUACGCGCUAAGGCCGAUUCGCACGGCGAGUUUCUCACGCGGAUCAAUAUCAAUACAGAUAUCUGAAAACUGGUGCUGCUCCAGCCGGCAUUGCAGUUGUUGCUCGCCUGGUUGCAAAUCGGACGUAGCACGUAAUGCGGCAGUAGCGGUUGGCAGCGCCGAAUGACAUAAUCCACUUAUCACUUAUCCAUCUCCCAUCGAUCGUCGCACCCCUGCACCGCCUGAUGAGCGAUCCUCGACAGACCCCGGCCCCACACAGAUAACAGCGAGACAUCAGAAUGAGCGAGACAAAAACGGAUGUAUUGCUAUUGUUUUUAAGUUGUCGACAGACGAGCCACCAGGCACCAGCAGGCGAAUGCUGCCUCAUAUAUAUAAACUUCCUAUAUGCACACAGUAUUAACCAAGAAUGCACCUCCCAUCGGCUAAAAUGAGAGCGCGUUGGACUUCUCUGUCUCGAAAGAAACAUUUCUUCAAACAUUUGAUCUUCAAACCUUUUAGCUGCAGUUUGACAGUUGGACUUCCCCCUUAAGCAUAUAGAAGUGCAUUUUACAAUACAACACAGACUUUGCUCAGAGAAGUUUAAGGGUCGAAUGGACCUUAAAUCAAAAAGAUGAAACGCGCGCUUGUUUUAACGUGAUGAAGCCGACUGGGUCCUUUACAUACACAAAUUUAAAUACCCUUGCACAGUUACUGCUUCGUAAUGAGAAUGCGAAUGUCUACACUAUUCAUAUUACUAACAUGUGGCAUAGCAGAUAACAUAUUUUGCAAGGGUGCUCAUAGUCUCCGAAGUCCGAGGGUCUUCCCUUCAUGUUAUUCUAAUACAAGUACUAAUGCAAGUACAACUUACUAGUUGAUAUAGAUCUUAAUCUACUCGUUGUAAUUCAUAUUUAUCUAUAUAUAUGAAAGCAAACUGAAUGUUCUAGGCUAAGGAACCAUCAAAGCAUCUGACACAUCAUCCACGUGAAAAAGCGCCCCGAAAAAGGAACUCAAAGUUAACGUGUUUGCCAAAUUUGGAUACGAUUGUUUGAAUUUAAAAUUUAAUAUAGAGUUUUUACUGUUUUGCCUUGAUUAAUUAUUACCCGAACGUUCUUUCAACUUCGAAUAUGUAUAUUUUAAUCCUUGUUUCCGAAAUUGUGAUAAAUCAGUUUAUUUAUGAUUAUAUUAUGACUAUUUUUAAGUAAUAUUUAAGAAUCUUGGGUUUCAUUUCGAAUAUUUUCGUUAUCAUUUCGUUUUAGUUGCUGUGUGACGAGAAUUCAGAAUAAACAAUAUUAUUAUACACACAUA